CAACUCGUAGAAGAGAACCCGAAAGCGAAUGGGGCGGAAGAAGCGAACGAUUUCGGAUCCCAACAACGAAAAGAAAAAAAGUCGCCGUGCUGGCUUCUCCGGCGUAGAUGCCGGAGUUGAAGCGAAGGACUGCAUAAGAAUCUUUCUAGUUUCAAGCAUACAGGAAUUCCAUGCUCCAGAGAGUUUUCUCAUUGAUCCUGUGGAUUUGAAUAGCUUUUUUGACGAUGAUGGAAAAUUUUAUGGUUAUGAGGAUUUGAAGAUCACCAUCUGGGUUAGCAGCAUAUCCUUUUAUGCGUAUUCUGAAAUUACAUUCCAGAGUUCAUCUGAUCGAGGCAAAGGGAUCACAGAUCUUAAAUCUGCUCUUCAGACAAUUUUUGCUGAGACUCUUGUUGAUAGCAAGGAUGAAUUCCUUCAAAAAAAUUUGGUAGAUGAGGAUUUUGUUAGGACAACCAUCUCAGAUGGAGAGGUUUUGAAGCACAAAGCUUUCGAGGGGCACAUUGAUGAUUCCAAUCAGCAUGCAGAUUCAGCUACUUCUGAUGUUGAGGUUGUUCGCUUGGUGGCAGGUAACAUGGCUACUGGACAACUUUACAGUCAUCUAAUACCCCUUAUUCUUCUUCUUGUUGAUGGUAGCAGCCCUAUUGAUGUUACUGAUCCACGUUGGGAGUUGUAUGUCUUGAUUCAGAAGAAAACUGAUCCGCAGGGAGAGAUCCAAUGUAGGUUGAUUGGUUUUUCUGCUGUUUAUCGAUUUUACCGCUAUCCUGAUGAUUCUCGAUUGCGACUAAGUCAGAUACUGAUAUUGCCUCCUUACCAGCACAAGGGUUAUGGUCGGUUCCUUCUAGAGGUGCUAAAUGAUGUUGCCAUAUCUGAAAAUGUUUUUGACUUGACAGUAGAAGAGCCAUUAGAUCACUUCCAACAUGUCCGCACUUGUGUUGACACACUUCGCCUGCUUCGUUUUGACCCAAUCCAGCAUUUAGUUACUAUGGCUGUCUCAUUUCUAAAGCAAGGAGAGUUAUCAAAGAAAACACAUUCUCCCCAGCUCAUGCCACCUCCCAGUGCUAUUGAGGAGGUAAGGAAAAGUCUGAAAAUUAACAAGAAGCAGUUUCUCCAGUGUUGGGAGGUUUUGAUCUACAUUGGCCUUAAUCCUGUUGACCAAAACAUGGAGAACUUUUUUAGUUUUAUUUCCGACCGUGUGAAGUAUGACAUCUUAGGGAAAGGUUCUGGGACUUCUGGGAAGCAACUUAUUGAAGUACCAAGUGAUGUUGAUCAGGAGAUGUCAUUUGUCAUGUUCAGAUCAGAGGCUAAUGAAGCUAGUACUGUGCAGCUGGAUGACAAUCAGACCAACCAAGAAGAGCAGCUCCUAAAGGUAGCUCAGGAAAGGGUGAAAGAAAUACAGUUGAUUGCGGAAAAGGUAACCCUGCAUCUUGGGAGCUCAGUUCUGGCUGUUAAUUAAAUUCCGGCCUCCACAAGAUGGCAUGAAAGGACAAGGUCGCCCAUCUAUGAUCUUGUGUAAAUGUUUUCCUGUUGACCCAUUUAAUUUUGUAUUUCUGGACAAUCACACAGAUUGUUAUCUUGAUAGACAGACUCCUAGGAGGCACGAUCACUACUGUAUUUUGGUUCUUUCUACUAGGUUGUAAUUGAAGUUUUCUUGUAAUAGGCUGUGAAAGAACCAUGUGAUGUAGUCGUAGGUUGUGAUGACUGAGAUUUAACCACAACUAAAGUCGA